AUGUCGUACUAUGACAUUGAUGCCAUCUUGACAGAUUCCCAAAAACUACCCUGCACGUUUGAAUUGGACGUACCUGGUCUUGGUAUUUUGGAGGGGAAUGCGGGGGAAAAUAUCAAAGCAGGAACGCGCAUUGAUUUGCCGUUAUGGCUGGGUGAGAUGCUUUCUAUCGGUGCCCGCCUGGGAACAUCUCGACUAGUCACGCUGGAUCUCCCCUCCGCGCUUUCAGAACGAGUCAUGAAUGCCUUGAAGGCUGAUCCUCGGACGGUGGAUCUGCGGUCCCUGGCACCGCAUUUCUAUAGUUUGAGUGAGCGAAUUCUGGAGCUGUUUGAGGAGGAGGAAUUGGUGGAGGUUUUGAGUAAUACGUUUAAGAAGCGUUCAGCGGUCAUUGCGGAUCAUGCGCAUAAUCCGCAGGGUGCUUUAGGGCAGGGAGCGGAUUUCUUGCGAGGGUUGGAUGAGACGGAGAGACAGCGUAUGUUCCACCGUUGUGUCUGUGUUGCUAAUUACUGA